GGUGCAGUAUCAUGGUUAUGAAAGCUUCAGCCGAAGAUGAUGAUUCAGGAUGGGAACUCGGGAUGCCUGACAAGAUGGAAAAGAGUAAUACAAGCUGGAUAGAUAUAACCCAGGAUUUUGAAGAAGCUUGUAGAGAACUGAAGUUAGGAGAACUACUUCAUGACAAGCUUUUUGGUCUUUUUGAAGCCAUGUCUGCCAUUGAAAUGAUGGAUCCCAAGAUGGAUGCUGGUAUGAUUGGAAACCAAGUUAAUAGAAAGGUUCUUAACUUUGAGCAAGCUAUUAAGGAUGGCACCAUUAAAAUAAAGGAUCUCACUUCACCUGAGCUGGUAGGAAUAAUGGAUACAUGUUUCUGUUGUUUGAUAACAUGGUUAGAGGGACAUUCCUUGGCACAGACAGUAUUCACUUGCCUGUAUAUUCACAAUCCAGACUUCAUAGAAGAUCCUGCUAUGAAGGCUUUUGCUCUAGGGAUCCUAAAAAUCUGUGAUAUUGCCAGAGAAAAGGUUAACAAAGCGGCUGUUUUUGAGGAGGAAGAUUUUCAGUCAAUGACCUACGGAUUUAAAAUGGCCAACAGUGUGACAGAUCUUAGAGUUACAGGUAUGCUAAAAGAUGUAGAAGAUGACAUGCAAAGACGAGUGAAGAGCACUCGAAGUCGACAAGGAGAAGAGAGAGAUCCAGAAGUUGAACUUGAACAUCAACAGUGUUUAGCUGUGUUCAGCAGAGUCAAGUUUACCCGGGUACUACUGACUGUUUUAAUAGCAUUUACCAAAAAAGAGACGAGUGCUGUCGCAGAAGCUCAGAAACUAAUGACCCAGGCAGCUGACUUGCUUUCUGCCAUCCACAAUUCAUUACAUCAUGGUAUCCAGGCACAGAAUGAUACCACUAAAGGAGAUCAUCCUAUUAUGAUGGGCUUUGAGCCCCUCGUUAAUCAGAGAUUGCUGCCACCAACUUUCCCUCGAUAUGCGAAAAUAAUUAAAAGGGAAGAAAUGGUCAAUUAUUUUUCCAGACUAAUAGACCGAAUAAAAACUGUAUGUGAAGUAGUCAACUUAACUAAUUUGCACUGUAUACUGGAUUUUUUCUGUGAGUUUAGUGAGCAAUCACCAUGUGUUCUUUCAAGAUCCCUAUUACAGACAACUUUUCUGGUAGAUAACAAGAAGGUGUUUGGCACUCACCUCAUGCAAGACAUGGUAAAAGAUGCUUUAAGGUCUUUUGUCAGCCCUCCAGUACUCUCUCCAAAGUGCUGUCUUUAUAAUAAUCACCAGGCGAAGGACUACAUUGAUUCAUUUGUGACACACUGUGUUCGGCCAUUCUGCAGUCUGAUUCAAAUCCAUGGACACAACAGAGCUCGUCAGAGAGAUAAACUGGGUCACAUACUUGAGGAAUUUGCCACCCUCCAGGAUGAGGCAGAGAAAGUAGAUGCAGCACUUCAUAGUAUGUUACUGAAGCAGGAACCGCAAAGGCAACAUCUGGCUUGCUUGGGCACCUGGGUCCUAUAUCAUAACCUUCGUAUCAUGAUACAGUAUCUUCUGAGUGGCUUUGAGUUGGAACUUUACAGUAUGCACGAAUAUUACUACAUUUAUUGGUAUCUAUCAGAGUUCCUCUAUGCCUGGUUGAUGUCAACACUGAGUCGCGCUGACAGCUCUCAAAUGGCAGAGGAGAGAAUAAUGGAGGAACAACAGAAAGGCCGUAGUAGUAAGAAAACAAAGAAAAAGAAAAAAGUUCGCCCUCUCAGCAGAGAGAUCACCAUGAGUCAAGCGUACCAAAAUAUGUGUGCUGGGAUGUACAAGACAAUGAUCGCAUUUGACAUGGAUGGCAAAGUAAGAAAGCCUAAGUUUGAACUGGAUAGUGAACAAGUUCGAUAUGAGCACAGGUUUGCUCCAUUCAACAGUGUUAUCACACCACCCCCAGUGCACUACUUGCAAUUUAAAGAAAUGUCUGAUUUAAAUAAGUACAGCCCACCUCCUCAGUCAUCUGAUCUCUACAUGGCAGCUAGCAAACACUUCCAGCAAGCUAAAAUGAUUCUUGAGAAUAUUCCUAAUCCAGACUAUGAGGUCAAUCGCAUUCUAAAAGUUGCUAAACCCAAUAUUGUGGUCAUGAAGCUGCUGGCAGGAGGCCACAAAAAAGACUCGAAGGUUCCUCCAGAAUUUGACUUCUCCCCUCAUAAAUAUUUUCCAGUUGUGAAGCUUGUUUGAAAUACAAGAGAUUAUUGUGAGGAUACCUGACGCAUGACCUGUGCAUCAGAUAUGUAGGCUGGAAAUAUCUAGUUCUGUACCCAGACUGAGAGGGAUCUCCAGGAUAAAAGUACUGUUACAUGGAAUAUCUAUAGUCUGCCUUCUUUAUGUGAUACAAAUGAGAACUGCUGUUUUAAAGUGGUUUGUAUAAAGUUUUAUGGGUGAAGCUGAUUUUGAUCAACUGUAUUGAAGAAUGUUGUACCUGGAUUGAUCUUACUACAGACUUAAUCA